GUAUAUCGAGCACAUCCACCGUGCGAGUGCGUGAAAAUACGAGAAAGAGAGAGAAAUAGUAAAACCCAUCGCGCUGGCCGUGGAUCGCGUGCAGCGUGUCACUCGAUAGUUGCUGCUAAUAAAGACUCCGAGCGACGUCGUGUACGCAGGUGUUGUUGUUUCUACUGCUGCUGCUACUGCUGCUGCUGACGUUCAACUGCAACGACUGCUAAAUACACGACUUAUAUACACACGACGACAACAACGAACGAAACUGAUAUCUCGUCAAGAUAGACAGUGAGACUCGAUCGAACGCUAAAGUCGACGGCGAAUCAUCAUCAUGCUGAGAACGACGACGACGAGCCUACGCCACGAGCUGGCCAAAGCCACCAGCUUACGCGCCACGACGACGACGUCCUGCAGCGUCAGGAGCAACGUCGUCAGGUGCCUCGGCACCCAGUGUCUGCACAGGAGGCAACAGCCAAGGCCAACCAUUCACAAAAGUUCAAGGUUAGCUGUACAGCCAUGGCAACAAAGUAUAAGAUAUUACGCCGAUUAUCCAGACCAUAUAAAGGUUCCACUACCUGCUCUUUCACCCACCAUGGAAACUGGAACAAUCAUUUCAUGGCAAAAAAAAGAAGGAGAAAAAUUAAACGAGGGUGAUUUACUGGCUGAAAUUGAAACAGAUAAAGCUACAAUGGGUUUUGAAACACCAGAAGAAGGUUAUUUAGCUAAAAUUUUAGUCCCAGCUGGUGAAAAAAAUAUUACAAUUGGACGUCUAGUCUGCAUUAUUGUUCCGGAUGAAGCAAGUGUUGCAGCAUUUAAAGACUUUAAAGAUGAUGGUUCAGUUGCUUCAGCGGCCGCUGCACCUUCACCUCCUCCACCUGCAGCAGCUGCUCCUCCUCCUCCACCUCCUCCUCAACCUGUUUCUACACCAGCUGCUCCGAUAUCAGUUGGAAGUGGUGAUAGAAUAAGAGCUACACCUCUUGCCAAGAAAUUAGCUGCUGAACAAGGGCUUAAUUUGCAGGGUCUUGUUGGUACUGGUUUAUUUUCUGCAAUAACAUCACAAGAUCUUGCUGGUGCACCUGCAAGUGCUGCAAGUGCUGGAGUAUCAUCGAGCUUUGGUGCAGGAGCUGCUGGAGGUCAUGACGUACCAAUUUCCAAUAUUCGAGGAGUUAUUGCUAAACGUUUACUCGAGAGCAAGCAAAUGAUACCUCAUUAUUAUUUGACAAUUGAAGUUAAGAUGGAUGAAGCUCUAGCUAUGAGGCAGCAGUUCAAUAAACUACUGGAAAAAGAAAAAAUUAAAUUAAGUGUUAAUGACCUUAUUAUUAAGGGAAUGGCCAUGGCAUGUAAAAAAGUGCCAGAAGGCAAUAGUGCUUGGCUUGGAGAUAAAAUAAGACAGUAUGAUCAUGUUGAUGUAAGUGUAGCAGUUAGUACAGAAAAUGGUCUGAUCACACCUAUUGUUUUUGGAGCAGAUGUUAAAGGUAUAGCCCAAAUCAGUAAUGACGUGAAAGCUUUGGCUGCCAAAGCUAGAGAAGGAAAACUUCAGCCUCAAGAAUUUCAAGGCGGCACUAUUACCGUUUCAAACCUUGGAAUGUUUGGAAUUAAAAAUUUCUCAGCCAUCAUCAAUCCACCACAAUCUAUCAUUCUUGCAAUAGGAACAACAGAGACAAGGCUUGUACCGGCAGACAACGAGAAAGGUUUUACCACUGCCCAAUACAUGACAGUAACUGCCAGCUGCGAUCAUCGCACAGUGGAUGGAGCUGUUGGAGCUCAAUGGCUUACUGCAUUCAAAAACUUUAUGGAAAGACCAACAACAAUGCUCCUCUAGUAAAUUAAAAUUUUAUUUGUGAAAAUGAAUAUUUAAUGAGAAAUUAAGUACGAAAUUAUUGAAAAUUUUAUUUGUAGAUAAAUUACAUAAUUGAAGGGGACAAAUUUAGUGGUUACCAAAAUGCUAUUUGAAGUGCAUUGAAUAUCUGUUAAGUGCUUCUUUGCAUAUCGUUAUUUUGUCACGCAAUAAGACAAAAAUUCUUAUUGAUUAGUCCAAAAGUCAUUUUUCUCAAUUUUUAUAAUGGCAUUAUUUGAUAAGAGCCAUUAAAUAAUUGAAGAUUUUAUUGACGCUAUGUAAAUACACAAAGAAUUUAAAUAAAACAUUCAGACGUA